AUGCGACAGUUGUCAGCUUGCGAGCAGACGUCGCCUUCGUCGUCCGGGCGGCCGGGGGAGGCGUUGUGCCGCGUGUGCGGGGACAAGGCGUCGGGGAAGCACUACGGCGUGCCCAGCUGCGACGGCUGCCGCGGAUUCUUCAAGAGGAGCAUCCGCAGGAACCUGGACUACGUCUGUAAAGAGGCGGGCAGAUGUGUCGUCGAUGUAAGCCGGCGCAACCAAUGCCAGGCAUGCCGCUUCAACAAGUGCCUUCAAGUUAACAUGAAGAAAGACGGUGGGAAUUUAAGGAGAUGGGACCUGGAUAAACUGACUAAACCAGAGGUUCUACAGAGUUUCAGGGAGAGCAUAAGGGAACAAUUGACAAGAAUGAGGGAAAGAAAUACAGUAGAAGAAGAAUGGGUAGCUUUGAGGGAUGAAGUAGUGAAGGCAACAGAGGAUCAACGAGUACUGGCUGCCCGGACCUCACUCAACGAGGACGAAGUCACCAGCUCAGAGGAAGCUGGCCGCCACGACAAAGAGGCCGUGGAAUCGCCUAGCAGGCAACCGCUGGAGUUGUCCAGCCUGACGCUGCUGCCAGCAGAGAGCGUGUACGAGUCAGCCGCCAAGCUACUCUUCCUGGGAGUCAAGUGGGCGCGUGGCGUGCCCUCCUUCCUACAGCUGCCGGCCAGGGACCAGGCGCUGCUGCUGGAGGAGGCCUGGGGCGAGCUGUUCGUGCUGAGCGCCGCACAGUGGGAGCUGCCUCUGGACGAAGGUCAGUCAGCCACCUCAGGCACCAUAGCGCCAGCGCCGCGGCGGCAGUCGCUGGAAGCAGAAGCGUGCCGCCUGCGAGAGACGCUCUCCCGCUGCGCGCAGCUGCGGGUCGACCACACGGAAUACGCCUGCCUCAAGGCGCUCGUGCUCUUCAAGCCAGAGUGCCCCGGGCUGUCGGCGCGCGCGCACGUGCAGCUGCUGCAGGACCAGACGCUGGCCAUGCUGCUCGACUACUGCGGGGGCGGCGCGGGUGGCGGCGGCCGCCGCUUCGGACGCCUGCUGCUGCUGCUGCCCGCCGCGCAGGCACCCACGCGGCACGCGCUCGAGGACCUCUUCUUCCGCAGGACCGUCGGUGACGUCAGUAUCCGCGCCCUGCUCAGGGACAUGCUGGACGAGACGCGCGCCGACCGCCACUAGCCUCGUGCUCUGCCACCUUGCAGAGGCAGCAGUUCAGGCGGAUAAACUCAACC